GGGGAGGAGGGUGAGGGGGGGGGGGGGGGUGAGGCCCUCAGCGGGUCUCCUCACCGACGAUGCGAAGCCCGGCCCGGCCCCCGCGCCCGCCCCGCGGCCUCUGAUUCGCCCCAGCCGGGACGCGCCGAGCCGCGGCGGCCGCAGGGACGCGGGCAUGGCACCGAGACGAGCGGCGGCGGCGGCGCUGGCCGGGGCCGUGGUGCUGCUGCUGGCGGCCUGCUGCGGCCGAGGCCGCGGGGAGAUUUGCAGAAGCAUGGACAUUCGCAACAAUCUGACCCGGCUGAACAUGCUUGAGAACUGCACUGUGAUCGAGGGCCACUUGCAAAUAUUGCUGAUGUUUAAAACCAAGCCUGAAGAUUUCCGCGAGCUCAGCUUUCCCAAACUGACUAUGAUUACAGACUACUUGCUGCUUUUUCGCGUCUAUGGCCUGGAGAGCUUAAAGGGACUCUUCCCCAACCUCACUGUGAUUCGAGGAACCCAUCUGUUCUUUAACUACGCGCUCGUCAUUUUUGAGAUGGUUCACCUGAAGGAGAUCGGCCUCUACAACCUGAUGAACAUCACUCGAGGCGCCGUGCGGAUCGAGAAGAACAACGAAUUGUGCUACUUGUCCACCAUCGACUGGUCGAGGAUUUUGGAUUCUGUAGAAGACAACUACAUUGUCGCCAACAAGGAUGACAAAGAAGAGUGUGGAGAUGUGUGUCCGGGCACUGUGAAAGGGAAAAGCAACUGCCCGCCCACCGUGAUCAACGGCAUUUUCAUCGAGCGCUGCUGGACCCACGACCGCUGCCAGAGAGUCUGUCCAGCUGCCUGCAAGUCGCAAGGCUGCACCUCCGAUGGCCAGUGCUGUCACAGCGAAUGCCUGGGGGACUGCACGGAGCCCAACAACCCUGAGAAAUGCGUGGCGUGCCGCAACUUCUACCUUGAUGGCACUUGCGUGGACGCCUGCCCGCCCGGUUACUAUCACUUUGAGGGCUGGCGCUGCGUGACCUUCAGCUUCUGCCAGGAGCUGCACAACAAAUGCAAAAACGCCAGGGAGUCGGGGUGUCACGUUAUCCACAACAACGAAUGUGUUCACGAAUGCCCGUCGGGGUACAUCAUGAAUUCCAGCAACCUGCACUGUACUCCCUGCGCAGGGCCCUGUCCAAAGGUUUGCGACUUUGGGAAGGAGAAGACUAUCGAUUCGGUGACAUCAGCACAAGAGCUCCGUGGCUGCACGGUUGUUAAUGGAAGCUUAGUUAUAAAUAUCCGGGGAGGAAAUAACAUAGCAGCUGAGCUAGAAGCGAAUCUUGGCUUGAUAGAAGAAAUCUCAGGUUACCUAAAAAUUCGCCGGUCUUAUGCCUUGGUUUCUCUUUCUUUUUUUCGUAAACUACAUCUGAUCAGAGGAGAAACAUUAGAAGCUGGGAAUUAUUCGUUUUAUGCCUUGGACAACCAGAACCUUCGUCAGCUCUGGGACUGGAGUAAACACAACCUCACUAUUGCACGAGGCAAACUCUUCUUCCAUUAUAAUCCCAAACUGUGUUUGUCAGAAAUCCACAAGAUGGAGGAGAUCUCUGGGACUAAGGGGCGUCAGGAAAGAAACGACAUAGCCCUGAAGACAAACGGCGAUCAAGCCUCAUGUGAAAAUGAAUUGCUGAAAUUUUCUUCUAUUAGAACAUCUCACGACAAGAUCCUUUUGAAGUGGGAGCCGUACUGGCCGCCUGAUUUCCGUGAUCUUCUGGGAUUUAUGCUUUUUUACAAAGAAGCUCCUUACCAAAAUGUGACAGAGUUCGAUGGACAAGAUGCUUGUGGGUCAAAUAGCUGGACAGUUGUGGAUGUUGACCCACCGCCACGGUCAAACGAGCCCAAAGCCCAGGCCCAGCCAGGCUGGCUUCUUAGGGGCUUAAAGCCAUGGACACAAUAUGCUGUGUUUGUUAAAACCCUGGUCACCUUCUCAGAUGAACGAAGGACAUACGGUGCAAAGAGUGAAAUCAUCUAUGUCCAGACCAAUGCUACUGUUCCGUCAGUUCCGUUAGAUCCGAUAUCUGUUUCCAACUCUUCAUCCCAAAUUAUUCUGAAGUGGAAGCCACCGUCAGAGCCCAACGGGAACAUCACGCACUACCUGGUGUUCUGGCAGCAGCAGGCCGAAGACAGUGAGCUGUAUGAACUCGAUUACUGCCUAAAGGGAUUAAAGCUGCCCUCAAGGACGUGGUCUCCUCCUUUUGAAUCUGAAGACCCUCAGAAGUACAAUCAAAGUGAAAAUGAGGAUGUCAGCGGAGAGUGUUGUUCCUGUCCUAAAACAGACUCUCAAAUACAAAAGGAGCUGGAAGAGUCUGCUUUCCGCAAGACGUUUGAGAACUACCUUCACAACGAGGUUUUCGUCCCCAGGCCAUCAAGAAAACGAAGAGACCUCGGCUCUGUAGCAAAUGCCACUGUGGUGAUACCCACCAUUGCAUCCUCUCCAAACUCUUCUGCAGCUGCAUCUGAGAAUUCAGAGGAACAGAAACCUUUUGAAAAAGUUAAGUUUAAGGAGUCUUUGGUUAUCUCAGGCCUGCGGCAUUUCACAGGGUAUCGUAUUGAGCUCCACGCUUGUAACCACGACGCUCAGGAAUCUCGAUGCAGCGUUGCAGCUUAUGUCAGUGCCAGGACCAUGCCAGAAGCUAAGGCCGAUGACAUCGUUGGUCCAGUUACCCAUGAACUGGUUGAAAAAAAUACCGUGCACUUGAAGUGGCAGGAACCAAAGGAGCCAAACGGUCUUAUUGUGCUUUAUGAAGUGAAUUACGGACGUCUUGGGGAGACAGAGGAAGCACACUACUGCGUUUCCCGUAAGCACUUUGCCAGUGAGCAGGGCUGCAAACUGCGUGGACUGCAGCCUGGAAACUACAGUGUCCGUAUACGAGCUACGUCGCUGGCUGGAAAUGGCUCAUGGACAGAACCUACCUAUUUCUACGUGGCUGAUUAUUUGAAUGCUCAGCCUAAUAUUGCUGUUAUAAUCGUUCCGAUUAUUUUUGCCAUAAUAAUUGCUGGAAUUAUUGGAGCUGCUUACGUUCUUGUGAAAAAGAGACAAACCGAAGGACCAACUGGGCCACUCUACGCAUCUUCUAACCCCGAGUAUCUCAGCGCCAGUGAUGUCUAUGUCCCUGAUGAAUGGGAGGUUCCACGAGAGAAGAUCACUCUCCUCCGAGAGCUGGGACAAGGCUCCUUUGGCAUGGUAUAUGAAGGAAUUGCCAAGGACAUUGUGAAGGGAGAGCCAGAGACUCGAGUAGCUGUGAAAACCGUUAACGAAUCAGCCAGCCUCCGCGAGCGCAUCGAGUUCUUAAAUGAAGCUUCUGUGAUGAAAGGGUUCAGCUGCCAUCAUGUGGUUCGCCUCCUCGGGGUGGUCUCAAAAGGACAACCUACGCUGGUGGUCAUGGAGUUGAUGGCACAUGGAGAUUUGAAAAGCUACCUUCGCUCUUUGAGACCUGAUGCCGAGAAUAACCCUGGCCGUCCACCGCCAACGCUGAGAGAAAUGAUCCAGAUGGCUGCAGAGAUCGCUGAUGGUAUGGCCUAUCUGAAUGCCAAAAAAUUUGUGCACAGAGAUCUUGCAGCUCGUAACUGUAUGGUUGCAGAGGACUUCACUGUAAAAAUUGGAGAUUUUGGCAUGACCAGAGAUAUCUACGAGACGGAUUAUUACCGUAAGGGAGGCAAAGGACUUCUGCCUGUGCGCUGGAUGGCACCCGAAUCAUUAAAGGACGGUGUUUUCACUACUUACUCAGAUGUGUGGUCAUUUGGUGUUGUCCUUUGGGAAAUAAGCAGUUUAGCAGAGCAGCCGUACCAGGGACUCUCCAACGAACAGGUGCUAAAGUUUGUAAUGGAUGGAGGAUACCUGGAUCAGCCGGACAACUGCCCAGAGAGGCUGCACAGCCUGAUGCAGAUGUGUUGGCAAUACAACCCCAAAAUGCGCCCCACCUUCAUUGAGAUCAUCGAGAUGCUGAAGGAGGACUUGCACCCCAGCUUCCACGAGGUCUCGUUCUUCUACAGUGAGGAGAACAAACCUCUGGAAACGGAGGAGUACGAGAUGGACUUCGAGAACAUGGAGAGCAUUCCCCUCGAUCCCUCCUCGUACACGCAGAGGGACAAAGUCCUGGGGCGGGACAAUGGACCCUCCAUGGCCCUCAAGGGGAACUAUGAAGAGCACAUACCUUACACUCACAUGAACGGUGGCAAGAAAAACGGGCGGAUUCUCUCCAUGCCCCGAUCAAGUCCCUCCUAACGCUUCCUGUUUGACCCAAGGGUUUUGUCUGCUUUUUUUCCCCCUCCACAAAUCUCAGGACUCUUGUUAUUGCUGCCACAGUGUAUGACACACAUCUACAGACUCUUCAAAUUUUUAAUCAUCUUAUGAUUAAUACUUUUUUUUUUUUUUUUGCCAAGUUGACUGGUUGUCAGUGGACUUAUCUGUGAACAUAAAUGGAAAAGGUUUCCAUGGCUGCUGUCCUUUCUGUAACCAUGGUUUCAAAACAGGAAGCGACCGUGUAAGUUAAACUAAAGGAGGAGCAUCCACGUUUGCCAACAAAAGACGUGAAAUUUGCUGGUAUCUGAGCUACAGCGUAACGGUGCGGAACAAAACUUCUGCAGGACAAAAGCAUUUCCAGUAGAAUUCCAGGCUUUCAGGCAUACUCUUCACUACAGCUGAAGGAUUCAACACAUCAGUCGGACGCGCCAGAUCCUCAGAUUGACCAAUAGCUGCUGCUUUCAUACUUUUUAAAUGGGUUAAAUCCCAAGGGUGCGUGCGUGUGCGUGGUGUGCAGUAUAUAUAUGUGGGGUGUAUAUGUAUAGCAAAAUAUACACUUCUUUUUUGUACAUAAGUUUUGUAUGUUCUCACAGAAGCUUUCCUCUUCUCGGAAGUGUGUACUUAUCUUUUUCCCAUUUCCCUGGAGUGACUGAAUCCUAAACAGAUUAUUUUUAUACUGAGGACUCUUGGGAGUAGGUUUUCUCUCAUUAACAAAUGAGGAAAAUGUGCUGGGAGCCAAAGGAGCAGAAAUCUGAGAUUUAUGGGUACUUUCAAGACCAAACAACGUAGGAGUCCCCUGACCUGAGAUACCGAGUUUUCUGUCCUUACAGCAUUGAGUAUAUAUAUUGUUUGUUGUAAUAUAUUUAAAAUGUCUGUAGUUUAAAUUUUAACUUCAUAUAAAUUAUUGACUGUUUAUGGUCCUUUCGGGGAGGGGAGAAUUUGGGGGAUUGUUUGGUCUUAAAGUGGUCCAAAGAUUUCAGAAUGAACUAAUUUUAGCUGAUUACCCUUUUAGGAGCUAUGAAGCACAUGUUAAGUUUAUACUUGACAAGGCUUUAUAAAACAGUUUCAAGAUUUAUACCGUGCAGUCAGCUGGCUCCACGUGAAGCCCUGGGACAAAGUAGUUGGGACUUACCUUGGUCGUUGGGGGGCUGAAGGACACCGGAACGUCCUGCUCCGGGGUCCUGCUACGUGUUUGCCCCCUCAUCCCUCGCGUUGUGCCGCAGGAGAAGCAACCAGAGAGGCCGAGUAAGAACUCUAACCGAAAAAAAAGACACUAAAGACCAGCUGAAGGGAGGCGAGCACAAGGCUCUUGGCUCUGCACGUGAAGCAGAAGCUGAACGUGACUGUGGUCAGCUCCCUGCUGCCUGUCUGCUGCUGCUCAGGCGUCCGGCCUCAGUGCUGCCUGCGGGCCUCCGAUGUGUUCCUGAGAUCCCUGCGCCUCUCCCAGGGCGCGUGCGUGAGCAGUGCAGCUGCUUUCAGCUCUUCGGGAUGUCAACCUUCGUCUCUUGGACCGUGCUUUGUUUUGCUGCUGUUUGCAUAAAGACAGAGCUGAUAAGCACAAAAUGUUAGAAAAUCAUUGUGAAACUGAGCGUGUCUCGUUGCGAUGAGGGAGCGUGCUGGCAGGGAGAAGCGCUAAAGCGAGAAAUGAAGAUGAUCGAUGUCGCAGGCCGUUUCAUGCAGGAGCUGGUUUUACCAGGGGAGAGAUUGCUCAGACCUCUGCUAUUCCUCCUGGAGAAGUCCAAGGGCCACUUUGCUCUCUCUGCUGGGAAAAAAACAAGGUCCUGACUCGGUGGGAGUGGGGACACCAGGCUGCAGCGUGGCUUUUGGUUUGUGCUGCUGCCUCCUCCCCGUGAGGGACUGGAAUGGGCCGGGGUCUGCAGGAAGCACCUCUUGCAGCUCCACUCGGCCUGCAGGCACCAGUGGGGUGGUGGCCACUGGGACAGGGGUGGAAGGCAGAGGGCAGAGGUGGCUCACGGAGUUAGGGGGAAACCACCCAGUGCAGGCAUGGGUAAGAUCCUUCAGUUCGGAAAGGCCUCGUUUACAUUUCCUCUGCUUUACAAAGUAGUAACUGUUUAGCAGCUCUAUACUACACUGCAGGAAAGAAGACAUAUUCUCACACUUUUCUAAGGAAGAGAAGUUUUUCUUAUUAGAAAUUUUUUAUUUAUUUUAAUAUAUAGAACACUGUAAAAAAAAAAAAAAAAAGGCAACAAAAAAAUCGUUUUCUUAAACACGCAGAACAUGUAAAUUUGUAUCCGUAAAAUCUUGGCAGGUGGAUGUGGUGGGAUUAUUUUUGUCCUGUUCUGGUGCAGUCUACCUCAGUGUUUCUUAAGGAUAUUUUUAAUACUGCGCACCUCUAAACCUGUUUAAAUAUUCUGGUCUGGACCUAUUGUGGAUCAGGGAAAAUCAAUAUCAGCUGAUUCCAAUACUUGGGACCAUUCACUGAAGGGAAUGGGUAGGAGAACAGCUCAUCACCGUUUAUCACUAUUCUGAGUAGUAGUGACCAAAAGAAACUACUUCCAGCUCCAACUACCCGAUAGCAAAUUUGGAUCUGAUACUCUGAUACCAUCUUCCUAGUUCUGUUGCGAUAAAAAAGGAGAAAAAAAAAAAAAAGACCCAUUUAAAUGUUUGGACUUUGAACUAAUGACCUAAAAGGAGGAGACAGCAUCCUGCUGGAGCAGUAGAUGCCAGUGAGGGACCAGGGCCCGUGCCCAGCCCUCGUUGUUGGAGUUGGGUUUGGGUGUCGUGGUCGCUGCCCUCACUGUGCGCUGCUACCCGGGAGCUCUGUGGCUUGGAUGUGACCUCCUGAAAUCAGCCCUUCCCGCGUGCCGAUGUUUUGAUAACAUUUUAAAUUGCAGCAAUCAUAACUGUGGGAAUAGAAGAUCCUUUAUAUAAACAAACAUUGGAACCUUGUAUUGGGUCUGGCUUUUAAAUUUAGUUGAUAUUGGUUGGCCCUGUGAGUACGCAUGAUUUGCAACACUCGGAUCACUGAACAAGGGAUUAUGUGUUUCGCUUUGCGGACAGGCAGUCCGUUCACGUGGCUCGUGUUGUCAUCGUCACUCUGCACCGAAGGGAGCAGUUGUUUAUACCCAAUACUGUGCAUAAAGAUUACUCCAGUCGUCCUCUCUACAGUGUGCCAAGGGCGAGGAGAGGCGUGUGGUACCAGCGGUAAGGAUAUCAUUUUUCCCCAAAGCUUGUCCCUUCUGAAAACAAACACAUGACGCUAGCGGUUGCCACUUGUGGCUGUUGGAGAUUACGCUCAGCUACAGAAUGUAGGAGGAGUGCAUGGACGUCAUCUGUAAAGCCCAGCUCUGAAUGAGGAAAAUCCUUUACUUUCAGCCCUCAGCUUCCACUUUGCUCUCUUGCUGGGAGAUCCUCCCCUGCCCUGGGGAUGCACAAGUCCCGCGCUUGGAUCGGCAGCAUCAAGGGGUUGCGUACAAGUUGGGACUGCGUGCGCCAGAUGAAACCUGUGUGCGGUGCGGUCCCGUGCCCAGGAAGGGGAGCAGCACGGCAGGUGCUGUGCCUUCACCUGGGGAGCUGCUGCUGCUCUGUGCUCCGGCGAGAUCCCUACUGGGGCAGAGAGCGCCGCAGCUGCAGCAAAAGCACAGGCACCCACUGCUGCGCAGCGGUGAGGAGGAGCCAGGUGGGAGCACAGGUGGGAUGGCUGGAGGAGGGCAGCUCUGCUGGCCUUCAGGUAGCGUUUGCUGGGGUUGGAUCCUGCCCUGUGCGGGCAGAGAACUUCCCACUCACAGCUCCGAGUAGCGGGGCAGACCCAGGCGUAUGUUGAGGAGCAGCUGUAGCCUCCUGUGCUCAGUCCGGGGACAGGAAGGGGUACCAACGAGCAGCCAGAGCCUCGCUGUUUCUAAAGCUGGUGAAGCAGGAAGCGUAAGAACCAGCUUUCUGUGCUCUGCUGUGUUUUCUUUGAGCAGAUGUUUGAAGCACGGGACUGGAGAGGUUUCUCAGAAGCGUUUGCACGUUAAAUUCUAUCGCCACUUCCUGAACACCUCUUGCAAAUCUGGUACUUCUCUUGCAGUACAGUGCAGCAUUGCAAAGCUUGCCUGCUAGGUUAAAAACAUGUCUCUUGGCGGCUUGUAAAUACUCUGUUGUGUUGUAAAAUAGAAGAGCUUAUAACGUAAACUCUGUGCCAGCACUGGGUUGGGAAACGUGAUAGGAAAUAGACCAAGCUGCGAGGAGGAUUUUCUGUGCAGAUCAUAAAGCAGCUGUGUUGGUUGGGAAGAGGCUGCUCCUAGGUUGCUAAAGGGUACUCUUAAUUUAUGGGUAGUGUAUCUCUUUCCUCCUAAACUUGUAUUAUAGUAAUGGGGCACUUUGCUUAAUUUUGGUUUGUUGCGUAUAGUGUUGGUAUCUCUGGAAAAAUCUCAAAGUUGCUUACUGUGUUAUUGACCUAAAAGAUGAAGGCAAAUAGGAAAAGGCAGGAGUAAGAAGGGUGCUGCGUCAGUUUUUCUUGAGCCUCCAUUUUAGGGGAGGGAGAGAGGCAAUCCAGUUCCCUCUUAAUGUCACUGUGAUACGAAGAUGGACCCUGAGGUUCUCUGGGCCCUUCAUUGCUAGCAGCGAUUCCUGAUACCGAGACUGGAACCUCAUUUUUCAAAUCAGAACGUGAAGUAUCUUUGUGCCAUAAAGCCUUACUCUGACAGCUGUGCCAGGUGCUCCCGUGAUCCACGUGUGAUCGGUUCAGAGACUGUGGAGUAAGAGCAGAGUAAGCAAGAAACUGCAGAACACCCUCCGGUCCUCUGGCUGUGUCCUCGCCUCCCUCGAAGCCACCACUUCUCACACAAAGACGCGCGGAGCCGGCGGGCACUGGCUGUGCCAGGAGCCCCUUCCCCUCCGCGGAGCAGCCGAUGCCCCUCGUAGCUCCCCUGCGCGCGGUCCUGGGAGAGGAGCUGCUGAACGGAUUGGAACUGUGAAGUAGUUGCUUCAGAAAUACGUGAAAUUCAAAGUGAGAUUAGUUUAGCGUUUGUAUGAACUUAAUUGAAUUUGGCCUUUUUAUUACCUUCUGCUUGGCUCUGUGUUAACUCUGCUUGGAUGCUGUACGUGAAUGUUGGUGUAAGAGCAUUAACGUGUUCAGCCUGUUCUGUUCUGGCUUGCCUUGCUAUGAGUAUCACAAGAGUGAAGCCAGUAGUGCGAUUGACUUUUGGAGGAAUCUGACUAUUUAAAAGCAAUUGUAAAACUACCAUUUUUAUCAAAUCUGCUGUCAUUAAAUGUGUAUUUCUUUUUAAGAUUAAAUUGCUUGUCCUUCUCAGAAGUAAGCACUUAUUCUUGCAGGUUCAGCAAAUUAACUGCAGCACAAUGCAAGCUAUAAGGGGACAGGUAGAGAAAUGACUUUUUAAAUAUUGUAUAAUAAAGUUAGUAUUAACUCCUA